ACACCAGGGCCGCAUUUCGGUGAUUCCACGGCAGGGACGCCGGACGUCUUCCGCCAUUUAUCGAACUCCAGUCGACUCGGCGAGUCGGCUAGGCUGACGACUUUCUUCUCGAAGUCCCCGUCGAGGGAAGCAUCGUGACGAUGAGCGGCCGAAUGAAUCAGUUAAUCUCUACCAACUUCAGGAAGUGGUGCUACAAUCUCUCCGGGUUCAAUCAAUUAGGGUUGUGGAGAGAUGAUUUCCUUUAUGAGGCAGAUCCAGACGUGACAGAAGCUUUAAGACGUGUUCCUCGGCAGGUCAUAGACGAACGUAAUUUUCGUAUAGUACGAGCCAUGCAAUUGGAUGCGCAGAAGAAAAUCUUACCAAAGGAACAGUGGACUAAAUUUGAAGACGAUAUAUUGUACCUCUCGCAACACGUAGAGGAUGUUAAAAAAGAACGCGAGGAGAAAGAGAGAUGGGAGGACUCGUAGAGUGUAACAUAAUCCGAAGAAUGUUUAUAAUAGUAAAUAUAACAAACUUGCCCCAAUCUCUGAUGCGCACUCUUCAGUCGCUGUGAUGGAGAAUUGGUUGAUGUAUAUACCAAGUGGAUAAGUCUUAAAUAAGUCCAUAAUUCUUUGAAGGAAAUCACAAUGAUGUUGAAACGUGUUCAAAUACACUGUAUAUAAAGAAACAUCGGUUAGUUUUGACGUG